ACGGGUUAAUUAAUUUAUCAUCUUCGAAGCACGCGCGUGAAUAAGUAAGCGGGAAAGGGUCUUCUUCGUCCAGGUGAACGAUCGACGGCCAGAUGGCAAAACAAGAGUAAAGCUCACGCGCAGCUCAAGAAUUCGCAUCUCGACUUUCACCACCCCGGUCUCCUCCGUCGAUGUCCCUUUCAGCCUACAACGCCUCCCCACGCGCCGGGAGCGAUGAUGAAAGCCGCGCUGCCUCGACCGCCGAGCCUGAAAUUAACAGCUCUUCGAAUCGAAAUGAUGCUACUAUUGUUAUGGAGUCCAGUGAGCAUGAUGGACAAUUUGGGUCAGAUUCGUUUAAUACUCCUGCAAAUUGUGGAACAAGAAUAUCAUCUAAAACCCUUGAUGUAGGACAGGGUAGUGCUAAUAUUAAAUUUCUAGUCUUCCAAAUGAACUGUUGACAACUCAAAAGGAGGAUCUAUGCACAAAAUAUGAUGGUUCUAAGUAUUCAGUAUCUGGAAAACAGCCUGCAAAGGAAAAGGCAAUUCAAGAAUAUAUGGUUCUUGGAAAAGACACCCAAGCCAUUUUAGAAAGAAAAUCCCCUGAAGACUACCAUGAUCAGCAUACUAAAGAGCUUGCUGUCAAUGAGGUUAAUUCCAUUCCGGUCGGAAAUCACUCAGGUGAAGGAUUUCAGAGUGGUCUAGGUUUUGAGGAAAAAAGUAAGCAAAUGGAUGUGCAAACAGAGGAUGGCAAGAGGAAGAUAAAAUCAAGGUGGGUGGAGACCUAUAUGCCUUUUAUAACAUAAAAUGAAUCCAAGUUCCGAAUCAUGAAAAUUUUGCCUUCCAAAGAUUGUACAUCCAUUGAUUUACUAAUCAAUAGGUUUCACGGGUCUGCUGCUUCUCAGACUAGUGCUGGGAGUCUACCCCUGGCAUUAAUAGUAGAACAAACCCCUGCGCUUAUAUGUGACUUCUUUUCUAGAGGAUGGUGUAUCAAAGGGAGUUCAUGUAGAUUUCUUCACAUAAAAGAUGGGGAAAAUCCUGGACAACAGCCCGAGGAAGAUGUAAUUGUAGCAUAUGGGAAAAGAACCGUUGAGCUUGAUGAAGGUUUUAGAAAUGCUGCUGAAAGAUCAAAUUCUCCUUCUUCUAUUGAUACACGGCCUUCGUCAGUUGUGAAUAAGGCCGGAAUAUCUUCUCAGUUCUUUCCAGAAAGAAUCUUGCCAUUGGGGCAUGAUGAAAAUCAAAGAUUGCAUCAAAUUCAUGGAAUUAAUAAGUUCCCUUUGCUCCAGAGUAAGGAGAAAUCCAUGGACACUUCCCCUGCCUCUCAGCGGUUUUCUGCAUCUAUAAAUGGUUUGGGACCACCUAAGGAUGUAAGGGAAAAUGGUAUAGGUCAGAAUUUUCCUGAUGAUAAUUAUGCGAAGCCUGCUUCACUGGGUGAUAAAGGUACCUUCAGGAAUAGUUUUAUUCCUGAGAAUAUAUCAUCAUUAAGCGGCUCAGUUACGUCAUUGGGCAAUGCAUAUAAUGAGAAUCAAUCUCACCAUGUCUCGACAUGCCUAGCAUCACUGCCUUUAAAUUAUUCUUCAAGUGCAUGCUCUCUUGGUGCUCAAAAGAUGUUGGACAAUGACAGCGAGCGUUGUACAUCAAGGUUAGCUUGUUUGCUGCAAGUUGGUUCCCCCUUCCUAGCAUAUGGUGAUUCCACAUCAACAGGGCCAAUGAUCCCUGAACGUAAUGAUGAUAAAAGAACAGCAUCUUGUCAAAAUGGAUACCAUGAAAAUUGGGUCAACAAUAAUUGCUACCCUUCCGGAAAAGAUUCACUAGCAACUGUUGCAAAUGAUGGAACUUCUGCAGCUGAGAUGCAAAAUGGAACUCUGCUGAAAGAAGAGAUCUCCUCGGUUGCUUCUCGUGUCAAAAACAUUUCAAAGGGAAAUAAAAUUGAUACAGAUCAUGAUAGCAGACAUCGAAGAGGCGGGACUAGAUGCAAAAAAGGCUUAGAAGUAGACAGUUGUAGGGAAAAUAAGGAAAAUAAAAUUGAUACAGAUCAUGAUAGCAGACAUUUCAAAGCAACGAGGCAUUUUCAUGCUGCUCUUGUAGAUUCAAUUAAAGAACUGUUGAAACCAACUUGGCGUGAGGGUCAUCUCAGUAAAGAUGCUCAUAAUACUAUAGUCAGAAAAUUAGUUGACAAAGUUCUUGGUAGCAUACAACCUCGUCAGGUUCCAAUUACCUUCGAGUCAGUUAAGCAAUAUCUUUCUUCAGCCCAACCAAAAAUUGCAAGACUUGUUGAGGAGAGAGUCUUUGAUUCCAGAGGCACUAUUCUGUGCAAGUUCUAUAAAAUAAAUGCUCUGUUUCUUCUACCAAUCCCCUUCAUCCAACUAAAAUAGAUCCACAUCCCCAAAGUGUGAACAUUGCUUUUCUCUAUCAAUUAAGUGAACAAUUAUUUAGUAAUGUAUUUUUUUUAAUGUAAUUUAUUCAUAAUUUGACAUUAUUUUUUCUAUUUUGCAGGGAUAUAUCGAUAAAUACAGAAAAUCUUGAGAUGUUAGGUAGAGUGCUUAUGUAUCUUUUGCACAUUUUUAUUAAUGAAAGUCGUAUACAAUUUAAACCGAGUAUCAUGAAAUUCUGGAUUUUUCAUGAAAUGUUUUCGUAAAUAUUCGUUUUUGUUUUCUUUA